AUGAAUCCUGCUUUCCUCCGAGCAUUGCCCGCCAAAACAUUUAGUAGCGUUGCGCAUAAUCUGAUUGAUGUGACUGAAAGCGAGAGCGUGGCAGUUCCUAUUGUAAAACACAUGAGGGCAUUUACAUUGGAUGCGCUUGGCCUAUCUGCAUUAGGUAUGUGCGCAUUAGAGAGCAAAAAGAAUGCAAUAUUGGCUUAUGAUGAAACCAAAGGUGUGCCUGAGCAUGAAAAGGGUUUGCUUACACUGAUGAUUGUAGCUGAUAUUCGAGACGGCUCUGAAACCUCUACUACUGAAUUGAGUGUGAGUAUUCUGUCCUUGCUAUCGAUGUUGCGUUAA